UUGACGGCCGUCGCUCCGCUGUUCUCCCGGCAGAGACUUCCAGCUCCGGCGGCAGGACGGCGAUGGGUCACCGGGGAGCGGCAGGCCGGACACAGAGCACCGCGGCCCGGACUCAGCCUCCGGGGAGCCAGCGGCACUAGGUCCCGCUCGGAGCCGCGUCGCGGGCCUCUCGGCCGGGGGACUGUUUCAGGACAGAGCGGGGUCGCCCGUGAGGCCGGGGGAAGUUUUCCGGCGGGAGGGGGGCAGAGCUCCGGGAGCUCCGGGGCCGCCAUGGAGGAGUCCGGCUCGGCCCUGGAGAAGAAUGUGGCCGACCUCACCGUCAUGGACGUGUACGACAUCGCCGCCGUGGUGGGUCAGGAGUUCGAGCGCAUCAUCGACCAGUACGGCUGCGAGGCGCUGUCCCGCCUCAUGCCCAAGGUGGUCCGGGUCCUGGAGAUCCUGGAGGUGAUGGUGAGCCGCAGCAGCAUCAGCCCGGAGACCGAGGAGCUCCGCCUGGAGCUGGACAAGCUGCGGCUGGAGCGGCUGGACCGGCUGGAGAAGGAGAAGAAGCACCGCAAGGAGCUGGAGCUGGUGGAGGACGUGUGGAGGGGAGAGGCUCAGGACCUGCUGUCUCAGAUCGCUCAGCUGCAGGAGGAGAACAAGACGCUGCUCACCAACAUGUCCAUCAAGGACCCCAUGAGCGAGGAGGACCUGCAGAGACACGAGGGUAUGACGGAGAGGGAGCGGCAGGUGAUGAAGAAGCUGAAGGAGGUGGUGGACAAGCAGCGGGACGAGAUCCGGGCCAAAGACCGCGAGCUGACGCUGAAGAACGAGGACAUCGAGGCGCUGCAGCAGCAGCAGUCCCGUCUGAUGAAGAUCAACCACGACCUGCGGCACAAGAUCUCGGUGGUGGAGGCUCAGGGGAAGGCGCUCAUCGAGCAGAAGGUGGAGCUGGAGGCCGGCGCCCAGGCGCGCGGACAGGAAGUGGGCGCCCUGCGGCAGGAAGUGGCUCGUCUGAGGGAGCGACUCCAGGGAGAGGCUGCCGGUUCGAGUCCCGAGGAGCCGCCGCCUCAGCCGCCCUCACCUGCAGAGCCUGGUAAAGCUGCUGGGGGGCCUCUGGGGGUCGAGCCCUCUGAACUGGUGGUGGGGGGCCUCGAUCUGGCCCCGUGGCCCCUGUCAGGGUCCCUCAGCCCUGAGGGACACCAGGAGGAGGAAGAGGAGGAGGAGGAAGAGGCCGUGUUGCUCUGGGAGGCGAUGUGCCAUGAGGACAUGCCUGCUGUGUUCCAAUAUUUCACCAAGGAGGCGCUGUGCGACGAGGACCCGGCCGGUCUGGACCCCAAGGACCCCAACCGGCCCCGCUUCACCCUGCAGGAGCUCCGGGACGUCCUGCACGAGAGGAACGAGCUGAAGGCCAAAGUCUUCCUGCUGCAGGAGGAGCUGGCCUACUACAAGAGUGAGGAAGCCGAGGACGAGCUGGUCACUCCGUCUCCGUCUCCUUCGCCUGAGAUGAGGACUCGCUCCCGCUCCUCGGCUCAGCCCGAGUCGGGAAUCAAACGCCUGUUUAGCUUCUUCUCCCGCGAUAAGCAGCGCGGCUCGCGGCCCUUCGACGGCGGCUCGUGGGCGGGGAAGGACGACGGCGUCUACACAGAGCAAGCACAGGAGGCGCUGCAGCACCUGUAGUUUAACACAACCCCCCCUGCAGGGGGAGGGGGGGCGGAGGGCCCCCACCCCCAGACUGAUACCGACUCACAGCCUGGAUCUUCACUGCAUCUGCUAGAAAACAGAGGACUCUGCUUUUUCUAUGAAGAAAGUUGGUUUUAUUUUGUAAUCCCUGCAUAUUAAGAAAAAAAAAGACCUAAACCUUCCAAAAAAAAAAAUCUCUGAACACCAGCAUGAAUUCUGAAGGACGAAAUGUUGCACAAAAUCACAAUUUAAACACCGUUUGCAAGAGAAGUUACUGAAGAUUAUUCAAAGGUUUUUACGUUUCUGCCAAAAUAAAAUCAUAGGUUUGUUUAAAGAAAAAAGCAUUGCAGUUGUAGAGUAAGAAAAUAUUUAAAAUGUUAAAUUAAAUGAUCAUUUAAGCUCCUUUUGCAUUAGAGAAUGUACAGACUUAAGCUCAUUCUGCUGAAAACAGCUUUCCGAGGUUGUAUGUAAAUAGAAACAUGAAAUAAUGUCAGAUUUCUGCUUCAUCAGCAGAAAUAUUAAAUAGAAGGGACGUGAGGACAAACUUAUUAAGAACUACUGAGAAACAAACUUUGGAUGUGUUUUACCUUAUAAAAUACUCAAUAAAUGUUAUUAGUAUUUGAUUUUAGUUGUAUUUUAACAUCUUGAGAUGCUAAUAAGUCACAUGUAGUUUAUUGACUUUGUGUUAAAGAGUUCUGACGAAAAUAUUUCAUGAGUUUUGUGAGAAUAUAUUUUAGUCUGGAGAGUUUUGCUGUAUUUAGGAAAAUAAAACUAUGUAACCUUCAAUAAUAUUCAUUUAUAACAGUUAUUUUAUUGAGCUGCAAACGUAUUUAAACCCAUGUUACUCUGCUCACAUCUCUAGAAAAGCUGCGAAAUCUUAUUCCUCACAUUAAUCAGCAGGAGGCGGAGUGAUGGGGAACUGCGCCGGCUCGUGGGUGGAGUUUCCAGUCCCGGGUGUUUAAUUUGUGCUUUUGAGCAACAUGGAGACAAACUGAGUCUCUGAAAAACUCCGGUUUGAUUUAAAGACGAAGCAGAAGAUCUGAGAGUUUCUCUCUUUAAACUCAUCUCGGUUUGUUGAAGGUUUAACUUUUGAGUUCUAACAGGAAACACUCCAGAGGCAUUUACACUCCCUCAGCAGGAGAGGGUGAUGAGAGAGGAGUGAGAGAGGAGUGAGAGAGCAGCUUCUCACUCCGACCAGGGAACUUAAAGGGACGACGACCAUCAAAAGGGAAACAAAACCUCCUCAGCUGAUCUCCAGUCUUCUGUCGACUGAGCUCCUGGUUCUCAACCUGAGGCCCGGGACGCGAGAAGGGGUUCUGGUCUUCCCUGUGGCGUUUGAGGUCUUUAUCAGGGACUCUGGAGGACUUGCUGCGCUGGUCUGCUCGGAUCUGAUGAAGGAACGUUUCUCCUCAUUAAUAAACUUACGUCACCUCAGAA